CUUGGAGACCGACCGAAAUAGACUUAUGUUUUGUUAACACGCCAUGCAAUAGGUAGUGUGGGCUUAGUACAGUCACCACUGGGACGUGGCGUUUCCUGCGGGCCCCCGUCAGAGGAUAACGUCGAGCCAUGAGCAUUGCGACAAAGACGCUGUUGUUGGUCCUCUUGGUUGAAAUGAGCAGCGCAAGAUUCUACGAACGCCAUAAGUUCCGCUGCAAAAUGCUGAAGAAUGAGGAAGAGUUUGAUUGGAACAAGUUCGUAGGAAAAGAGUGGAUGCUCGCACUCGAUGAAGUGAGAGCGAUCAAGGGAUACAGGAUGAUUGGGUGUCCGACGUUCACAUUUUACCCGAAGAAAGGAUACCGGAUGCGCAGAGAAUACACUAUUGACUCUGCUAAUCCACACUACACCGAGAGGGAGAACGGUACCCUUAAAGGGCAUCGCUUCGUGUUAAUGGAAGAACUUUGCCCUAUUUGUGACGAAAGAGACGUGACAGAAUACGUGGAAAUCGUGGGCACCGAUUAUGAAAACUGGGCCGUAAUAGGCAACUGCAUCAAGGACGCUGAUGACGAAUGGUAUCGAAUUUUUACCAUUCUGCUCAAAAAAGCCAACAUAAAGAGCGUUCCUGGCGGUGUUGUAGGAAAGGCCAAUGACGCACUGAGGAAGAAAGGAAUCACGGACAAGAUGAAAUGGUCGACGACGAGUUGCGUACUGGACUGACAGCCAGAUGCGGAAGAAGAUGGCGUGACAGUGACGUCAUCAGGAGGCCGGGCAACUUCGCUCUUGCGACGUAGUAAUAAAGCAGUGGUGUACCUGCA